CCCAUCCCCUCCUCACGCUACAGAGGACAGGGGAGGGCGUGGCGGCCAUCGGUCGCUGCCAACGGCGCCGUGGCGGCCAUCGCCCGGCCGACCCCGCUUAUAAGCCUCCCCCUUGCCCCGUGCCGAAACCCUAGCACGCCGUCAUCCUUCCCCCCCUCUCUCCCCCAUCGGCCCCCUCCUCUUCCUCUCUAAUUCGAGCUCAAAAGCUCCGCGGUGAUCGAGCUCAUUGCUGUCGUUACCGCGGCCACCAUCGAUGCCGUCACUCGGGAGCACGUCCAGAAGGUCCUCCACGGUCGUCUUCGUCCGUUCCGGGUGCCGCUUCAAGCUGGGGCACCGCGUAGCCAUCGCCAUGGUCGUCUUCCCCGCCUCGGCCGCCACUGCCUCGUCGUCGUCGCCGUCGAUCUACACAACCACGACCUCCUCGGCCUCCCCAACCACGCCGUCGCGCUCGCAUAGACUCCGAGACGGCCGCCGAUGCCGCUAUAAUCGACAACAUCGACGACGACCCUCCUUCUUGUCUGAGCAACUAGAUGUUGGAUCCCUGAAGCCAGAUGUCACCGCCGAUGGAUGCUACUGCGUGAAGACCGUCGACGUCCAGGAGUAGUUAGGAGGUCCCAGGCAGGAGGCCUCGCCUCUUCGAUCGUUGUUGCUUUUGUGCUAGCCUUCUUAAGGCAUCCUUGUUUAACUUAUGUCUGUACUCAGAUAUUGUUGCUUCCGCUGACUCUUGUGUAUCGAGAUAUGUAUUUCAGCCCUCGAUGCCCCUGGCUUGUAAUAUAAAGCUUGUAUUAUUUUGAUUUG